AUGUGCUGUACUUUACAAAUUGGGGCUUUGGCUAAAAGAGCCAGGGGCGUCUACGGAGCCAACUAUCAACCAGCGGACAUUCCCGCCGAUAAGGUGACGCAUCUGCUCUACUCUUUUGCCGACAUCGCCGCCGACGGAGAGGUCUGGUCAGACAUUGGGCGGCAGUACCCGGGCGACUCGAACCAGGCCGGAAACGCCUAUGGUUGCGUCAAGCAGUUGUACGCCAUCAAGAAGCAGAACCGCAAGCUCAAGCUCGUCCUCUCCAUCGGCGGCUGGAGCUGGUCGUACAAAUUCGUCCCCGUUGCCGCGACCGAAGCCGGCCGCCAGCGCUUCGCUACCUCGGCCAUCAAGCUUAUGCACGACUGGGGGUUUGACGGGCUCGACAUUGACUGGGAAUACCCCGCCAACGCCCAAGAGGCAGCCAACUUCGUCGCCCUCCUCAAGACCUGCCGCGAGGAACUCGACAAGCACGCUGCGCAGUACGCCCCUGGCUACCACUUCGCCCUGACCGUCGCGUGCCCGGCCGGCCCGACGCACUACGAGAAGAUGGACCUCCGCGGCAUGGACCCCUACGUCGAUGCGUGGCACCUCAUGGCCUACGACUACGCCGGGUCCUGGGACCAGACGACGGGCCACCAGGCCAACCUCUUCACCGACCCGUCCAACCCGGAGGCCACCAAGUACAGCACCGAGGCCGCGCUAGCGUACUACCUUGGCCAAGGCAUCCGCCCCAGCAAGAUCGUCCUGGGCCUGCCGCUCUACGGCCGCUCCUUCCUCAACACGGACGGCAUCGGCAAGCCGUACCAGGGGAUAGGUCAGGGGUCCGUCGAGCCGGGCGUGUGGCACUACAAGGUCCUCCCACGGGCCGGCGCCGUCGAGGUGUUUGACCAGACGGCGGGCGCGCUGUACAGCUACGACGCGAGUUCGCGCGAGCUGGUGACGUACGACAACGUCAAGAGCGCAAACAUGAAGGCGGACUAUCUCGUUAACAAAACGCUCGGCGGCGCUGUGUUCUGGGAGGCGGCCGGGGACCGCAAGGGCGAGGGGAGCCUUGUGGGCGCGCUGGCGAGCAAGAUGGGCACCCUGGACCCAGCGCAGAACCUGUUGAGCUAUCCCAACAGCCAGUAUGCCAACAUCAAGAACAAUCUUGCAUGA